CGAAACGACUGAUACAUAAUGGGAAUGGUAGAGAAAAAGGUAUGAAAUGAAAUAUGAAAUAUGUAGAAGACGUGACAAUGAGUGAAAACAGGGAACCGAAGAUUGAGAACGGCAGUAGACUGCAACGAAGUCGAAACAAGCUGACUCGUUCAGUAAUGGUGAAGGCAAAGGAAAAACGGUACAAUUAAGAACCGAAGUUAAUCGAACGACUAGAAGCGGAAACAGCCGAAGUGGACACAGCAGUGAGAAACAUCACGUAGCCGGUGUUGCUAGGCGGCUUGUCCGAGUCCGAUGGAAGGGAAAAAUUUAGAGGGAGGGGAUCGCCGGUAUAAAAGUCGCGUCAUUGGUGCCGGCGAAUCAGUUGUUGAACUAAAGGAAAGGGUUUUAUUCGUGUUUUUUGUUUUUUCGCUAAAGCGUCUGUUCGAGUGAAAGUUGCACACGUAAAAUAACAUCGAUUCUUUCUAUUCGGGUGUUCGAAAAAUAGUGAUUCACCGCUACUAGGAUUCGUGAAAAUUGUCGGAAAAUUGAUGUAUGUACGUACGUAUUUCGGAGCACUGGAUAGAAACGCGAACUCGUAACACUGUGGUCUUGCGUUUAUUCGAGAAAGGUCGUUUGAACGUGUGUUGAUCGUCUUUGGAACAUGGAGGUUUUACCAUGUCCCGUCAACGUGAAUUUCAGCAAUACCAGAGCUGAGACUGUGACCGAUGAAGUGGAUGGAGCAUGUCAAGCUUUAGCAAAACGACUCGAAGUCGAACUAAGACGAGCAAAACAUGCCCAGCUGGCGUGCGGAGAAGUUCUCCUACCUGCCGAUCUCUUGCCUAGAAUAGCCAGAGAAGUUCUCAGUAUGGCAGAAAAUGAACCCUGUGGUCUUAGAGGUUGUACCUUGUUUAUUAGCUUCGAGACGGACAGCGUGUGUCGAAAAUUAUCAAAAAUACAAUGUGAUCCUAAUGCCGUAUCUACCUUCGAACUAUACUUGACCUUGAAACAGGAUCACACAUCUUGGCACAUUCUGUUGCCUCAAUUUUUGAAAAACCUUACCAAAGGCGGCACCGUCAUGAUCAGUAGGGAUUUCACAUUGGAGAAGAAAAAAUUGUACCGAUCGUAUCAACAAAUGCAGUGAAAAAUUUGAUCGAGUGGACAUCCGCCUCGUUCGAUUUCUGUCGGAAAAAUACGAUGGUUCCGAAAUCAGAAAACUUUUUCAAUCUCUGUGCGAAACGAGCACGACCUAAAUUAUUUUGAUUAAUUCGUUCUAUGUUUGAAUAUCGUGCAUUGUGUAGUUGCUUGGUUUUACCUAACACCUGCCAAAUAUUGCGAUCUCAUCAAAAUUACGUCGAAUUCAAAAAAUGAGUGUCAUGGAGGGGAGAGCGAGAGAGAGAGAGAGAGACAGACUUUGAAAAACCCUAAAACUGGAACAGCAGGAUAUAUCGAAUGCACAUCGAACUGCCAGGAAAUUGUACCAUCGUACUGCUGCGUACCUGUUGACAACGUGGACGCGUUUAGAGAAAUAAUACUUUUCUCAUUGCGAGGAGUCUGAAAGAUGAUCGUGCAAUUUGGCUGUGGUUUUAGCCGUUAACGUCGCAAUCUGUUUAAUGAGACAAGAUCUACGCGUUCAACUAUUGUGAUAACAAUACGAAAUACGAUAACAAAUUUAAGAAUAGGAUUUCGGGUGGCAACUGUUUCUUUGCACGAUUUCAUAGUUUGGGAAGAUUUCGAUCAUUGUCCGUAGUUUUAAAGCAACCCAAGACUAACGAAACUGUAAUAGAAACGUUCGAGGAAAUCGCGUAAAGAGACCUGUUCCGAGUAAAUAGGGAAGAAAGUGCGUACUGCUCGAUUGCUUCGUUCAACGAAAAUGCAACCCGCAAUUAAUAUUUAUUACGAUACUAAGCGCGUACAGUAUUCGCGACUAUGUUAUAUUAUUCGAUAGUUUUUAUCCCUUAAACAUGAUUAUCGGACAUUUGACUUUACAUCCGUCCGAUGUGAGUUUCUACGAUUCAACCCAAUAGAUGUAUUUUGCGUACCGCGUCAUUUGUUUUCCGUCGUUUCGAUGUCUCGAUGCACGAGUUUCUUAAAGGACUUCGUUUACUAUUACGGCAACACAUUACGGAAGUAUAUUUCAAAAAGAAACACGUUACAACUUCGAGCGAAAGCAUUCCUUGCGAAAGUUUGAAAUUAAUGUUAACAGUGGUCUUCCACAAAUAUAUAUAUAUAUAAUACGCGCGCAUGAGCUAAAAUCCAUUAAUAUUAACGUACAAAUUCUAUGUAUGUACAUCAAUUUUGUGCGAGAGUGCGUGUGUGUAUUUGUGCGAGUGUAUGCGCGCGUCGGAUGCGUAUAAAUAUAUAUAUGUGUGUGUAGGUAUACAUAUAUAUGAAUUUAUAAGACUGAUCAGCGUUAGACGAUACAAGUUUCGGAAUAAGUUUUUGUAGUACAAGAAUUUGUGUGUGCGUUUAUCUUUGGAAUAAACAAAAAAAAAGUCAAAAAGGUGCUGAAAAUUGAAGAAUCGGUUUGCAAGCCCCGCGCGGUUCGACUCGAAUCGAGUCGUCGAGAAAAAGAACAUCUUCUCGUUUAAUUCGGAGAUAAACAAAGAAGGCAACGAUAAGGAAAAUAACGACGUAUGCGUGUGAUGUUCAUUUGUAUUGUUAUUAUCGAUUACGUAGAAAACAGAGUAUAAAAUGCUGUUACGUAUAUUUUGUACUUUAGUAAAAAGAAAAUUAGAAAUAACAAAGAGAGAGACUAGUAACAUAACACGAUAGAAUGUUUAAUUUUUAUAUACGUUAUUAUUGUUAGUUAUCGCUUGCUUAAAAACACGGCAGAAAAAUGGCCAAGAAAAACUGCAAGUAGCGGAAAUUUUAUUGUAUUCGUCUUUUCUGUCUAAAGAGAUUUUUGUCGAUGUGCUACCUCGGACCUAUUCAAACUGCUGUCUUUGCGUAUAACAUAUACAUCUUCAUUGAGAUUUUUAUCAUUGUAAGGAGUUUGCGUUUUUCUUCGACUCUUUACCGCCUAUAUGUGAUGUUGACUUUAAUUUGUGAUUUUACUAUUAAAUUCAAGACAGGAAAAUAAAGUUUCAAAUGUUUUACUAUACACGUA